AUGAUCUACAAGCUAUCCACAAAAAUCCAAUGUGAAGACGGUUUGUUUGAUGGGUCUGAGUGCUACACCUAUAUAACUUGGGAUGAUUUUGAAAUAGUGUUUACAAUGGAUAAGUUGAACGGUGUUAUAAUAAAUAGUUAUAUGAUGUACUUGUAUGAAGAAAUCAAGAAUGGAGGAAAAACAGAUCAUGGAAUCUGUUUUGUGAGCCCGAGUGCGAUCUCUAAAGACGGGCGUACGAACAACUUCAAGAAAAGUGAUGAAGCAAGUGAAGUCAUAGCAUGUCGGCUGUCCACAAGAAAGGACAACAAUAUCAUCUUAAUGUCAUACAAUCCCGGAGCAUUGUCUUUGCACACAAGACAAAGUGGAUCAAAGAAAAAGGUUAAAGCCAGCUGGAUAAAUGUUAUGUGUCCCUUUCAGCCUGGUUACACAGAAUGCGGGUAUUAUGUUCUUAAGUUCAUGAAAGAGGUUGUUGAUGAAGGACUUGAAGUGUUGAAUAACAAUUUUUUGUCUCAGUUUUGGGGGAAGAAUGAAUAUACAUACGUCGAGCUUGAUAGGGUGCGUGAAGAAUGGGCUACUUAUGUCAUAAAUUUUCUUUACUAG